AUUUUCUAAGCAUUAUAUUGCUGCAGAAGCCGAAGAUGUUCGGAAUAAAGCACACCGCAGAAUACAAAUGCAACAUCAGCCAGAGAGACGUCAUCGCUAUCCAAAACCCCGACUGGAAGUCUGUCAUCAGAGAUGUCGCCGAAGUUAUAUUUUGCCAAAUUUUGGGGAUCCCAUUGAACAAAAGCGAGGAGAAGAUUAUUGACUCGCAUAAAGAAAAGGUCACGUUUAUUACGAAAGCGACGAAAGCCGUGUGGAGAAGAAAGCAUUCCUCUAAGAUGUGUUACCUGCGACGUUCAGAGUUCCUCAAGAGGCAGAAGAGAAUGACUGAAGAAACGAUCGAAUCCGAGACGCAGACGUUCGAAUUAGACUUUCAGUUUGACAUAGUGUUUACCGAUGAGCCGAGAAAAGUUAGAGUCGGUAUAAAAUAUUUGAAUGGGGACAAGGAGCUGUUUGGAGAAUUAGGAAAGUUUUUUAGCAACAUUAUUAAUCCCUG